AUGCAAAAGUCAAAAUUCACAGAGAGCCAGAUAGUGGCUGCUAUCAAGAAACAGGAAAGCGGUGUACCUGUAAAAGAAAUCAGCCGGGAACUGGGUAUCAACCAGGCAACUUUUUAUAACUGGAAAGCCAAAUAUGGCGGCAUGGAAGUCAGCGAUGUCAAGAAAAUGAAGGACAUGGAAGCUGAACUGAGCCAGUAUAAAAAGAUUGUUGCUGAACUCACCUUUGAGAACCGUGCUAUCAAGGAGUUCCUCGGAAAAAAGUCUUAA